UAUUCUGGCAGGUGUUACAGAUAACGCUUCUGGCAUACUUGUAUCUGGUAUAUCUCAGUAUCUCCUUCUGCCAUCCUUACUCGCGAAGGUCAAAUGUCCUCUAUUGUUAGCAUUCCAAGCAAAGAUGAGGACACAACCUCUGGUAAGGUGUCCCAGUCUUCCAGCAUCGUUACGUUAUCGGGAGAUGCCUUGCAGGAAUCCUCUGUUAACGGCAGGUAUAACUAUGCUUCUCACUCACAAAGUGACAAGACUAUUGUGCUUCAAGAACCCGAUGUUAUCGCUAGUACAAAGAAUAACGGAAAACCAGUAGAAGAUGCUGCAAUGCCUGGUGUACCUAUUGCUCCACCGCGUCGUAAAAAGAAAACAAAGACAAAUAUACCAAGUGAUCUCACUCCUUCCUCAGAAGUGCUUAUCCCAGCAUCGCCACUUCCAAGCCCAGCGAGCACUAUAGAAUCAAUCACUCGAGAAUUUGAACAUUCUCUCGAUAUUCGAGUCCGCGACGAAAGGCCCAAUAUGUUGUUAAACCGCA